AUUUUCUGAGAAACGUGGCCCACGGUGCAGAUCUGCUCCAGCUCACUCUGGUGGGAUCAUGCCAACCACGGCUGGGCCACGGAACAUCAUGGCAAGGUGCUGCCCUCCUGCUACGCCGCCUGUCUAGAAGCAGACUUGAUCUGAGCAGGACUGGAGUCAGCCAAGGGCAUCACGUGCUCCGGUCCCCGCCUGCCUUGACUCCUCCUGCCUCACUCCCCCAUGGCCCAUAGUCAUGUGGGUGAAGGUAGUGGGCACCAGGGCUGGGCCCAGCCCCCGACACUGCCCAGACAGACUUUCCUAAGGCACCCUUUUCCUAGCACAGCCUCCCUCUUUUGUCCACCAGCCCGGCCUGACUCCUGGAGAUUGUGAAUAGCUCCAUCCAGCCUGAGAAACAAGUCGGGUGUUUGAGCCAGGCUGUGCUCGGAGUGCCUGACAGGCCCAACAGCCCCAUGCUGCAUUUGGAGACCUCGCCUGGCCGGGGGCACAUCCUGGCUGUGCUCCUGGCCUUCUUUGGCAUCACCUGGGCAGAGGUGUGGCUACCCCAGCUACAGGAGCAGGCUCCGAUGGCCAGAGCCCUGAACAGGAAGGAGAGUUUCUUGCUCCUUUCCCUGCACAACCGCCUGCGCAGCUGGGUCCAGCCCCCUGCGGCUGACAUGCGGAGGCUGGACUGGAGUGACAGCCUGGCCCAACUGGCUCAAGCCAGGGCAGCCCUCUGUGGAACCCCAACCCCGAGCCUGGCGUCCGCCCCGUGGCGCACCUUGCAAGUGGGCUGGAACGUGCAGCUGCUGCCCGCGGGCUCAGCGUCCUUUGUCGAAGUGGUCAGCCUGUGGUUUGCAGAGGGGCAGCGGUACAGCCAUGCGGCAGGGGAGUGUGCCCGCAAUGCCACCUGCACCCACUACACACAGCUCGUGUGGGCCACCUCAAGCCAGCUGGGCUGUGGGCGGCACCUGUGCUCUGCAGACCAGGCAGCUAUAGAAGCCUUUGUCUGUGCCUACUCCCCCGGAGGCAACUGGGAGGUCAACGGAAAGACAAUCGUCCCCUAUAAGAAGGGCGCCUGGUGUUCGCUCUGCACAGCCAGCGUCUCGGGCUGCUUCAAAGCCUGGGACCAUGCAGGGGGGCUCUGUGAGGUCCCCAGGAACCCUUGUCGCAUGAGCUGCCAGAACCAUGGACGUCUCAACAUCAGCACCUGCCACUGCCACUGUCCACCUGGCUACACGGGCAGGUACUGCCAAGUGCGGUGCAGCCUGCAGUGUGUGCACGGCUGGUUUCGGGAGGAGGAGUGCUCGUGCGUCUGUGACGUCGGCUACGGGGGAGCCCAGUGUGCCACCAAGGUGCAUUUUCCCUUCCACACCUGUGACCUGAGGAUCGACGGAGACUGCUUCAUGGUGUCCUCAGAGGCAGACACCUAUUACAGAGCCAGGAUGAAAUGCCAGAGGAAAGGUGGGGUGCUGGCCCAGAUCAAGAGCCAGAAAGUGCAGGACAUCCUCGCCUUCUACCUGGGCCGCCUGGAGACCACCAACGAGGUGACUGACAGUGACUUCGAGACCAGGAACUUCUGGAUCGGGCUCACCUAUAAGACCGCCACGGACUCCUUCCGCUGGGUCACAGGGGAGCACCAGGCCUUCACCAGUUUUGCCUUUGGGCAGCCUGACAACCAGGGGCUGGUGUGGCUGCGUGCUGCCAUGAGGUUUGGCAACUGCGUGGAGCUGCAGGCAUCAGCUGCCUUCAACUGGAACGACCAGCGCUGCAAAACCCGAAACCGUUACAUCUGCCAGUUUGCCCAGGAGCACAUCUCCCGGUGGGGUCCAGGGUCCUGAGGCCUGGCCGCACGGCUCCCUCGCCUGCCCUGGGUGCACCGGCUCUGCUUACCUGUCUGCCCACCUGUCUGGAACAAGGGCCAGGUGAAGACCACAUGCCUCACGUCCAAAGAGGUCUUAGACCUUGCACUCUGCCGGAAGUUGGGCAGAGAGAGGCAUGGAGGCCAGUGAGGGCCAGGGAGUGAGUGUUAG